AUGUCCGACUACUACGACCUGGGAGACUACCGUCGCCAGGUAACAACUGACAACAGCGAUGCCCAAAUCUGGUUCAGCCGGGGCCUAAUCUGGGCCUAUGCCUUUAACCACGAAGAAUCCGUUCGCUGCUUCGAGAAUGUCAUCGCGGCCGACCCAACAUGCGCAAUGGGGUACUGGGGUCUAGCCUUCGCGCUAGGACCGAAUUACAACAAGCCGUGGCAGCUCUUCGACGGGGACGACCUGGCGGCGACGACAACGCGCGCGCAUCGCGCUGUCCUCGACGCGAAGAAAUAUGCUCCCGCGGCGUCGGCUUUGGAGGGCGCGCUGAUUGAUGCGUUGCUUUGUCGGUAUCCGCAGGAAUUGCCGGUUGGGGAUUGCUCCGUGUGGAAUGCGGCGUAUGCCGACGCGAUCACAUUGGUUUACGAGGAGUAUCCCGAUGACCAUGAUGUUACGGCGUUGUACUGCGACGCGCUGAUGAAUCUGACGCCGUGGAGUUUGUGGGAUUUGAAAACGGGCGACCCGACCCCUGGCGCGAAGACGAUGCAAGUAAAGAAGGCGCUGGAUCGUGUUCUGGAUCAAGAUGAUGCGCUCUGUCAUCCGGGUUUGUUGCAUUUGUAUAUCCAUCUCAUGGAGAUGUGUGGCACGCCGGAGAUUGCCUUGCCAAAAGCCAAUUGUUUGCGGGGGCUUGUUCCUGAUGCUGGCCAUUUGGAACAUAUGCCUUCCCAUAUUGAUAUCUUGUGUGGUGAUUAUCGACAGGCGAUCGCGUCAAAUACUUCGGCCAUCCGUGCUGAUGAGAAAUACCUUGCGAGGCAGCCAACAAGUCAUUUCUAUAAUCUCUAUCGGGCACAUGAUUACCAUUUUAGGAUGUAUGCUGCUAUGUUGAGUGGGCGGUCGAAGAUGGCCCUCGAGACCGGCGCUGAGCUAGCGCGGGUUCUGACAGAGUCGAUUCUGCGUGUUGAACUGCCGCCCAUGGCUGACUGGUUGGAAGGAUUCGUGGCGAUGCAAAUGCAUGGGCUGAUUCGUUUCGGUCGCUGGAACGAUAUCAUUGCUCUAGAGUUACCGGCUGAUCAAACGCUCUACUGUGUGACUACAGCCAUGAUGCACUACGCUAAGGGUGUUGCAUUUGCGGCCACAGGGAAAGUCACAGAAGCAGAAGAAGAGCGCGAACUAUUUCAGCACUCAAGGCAAGCGGUGCCUGACUCACGCAUGCUCUUUAACAACCGCUGCAUUGAUAUCCUAGGCGUCGGAGAGGCAAUGCUGGAUGGCGAGAUCGCGUAUCGACGCGGCGAGUAUGAGACAGCAUUCAGCCACCUGCGCGCAGCCGUUGAUAGAGAUGAUUCGCUGCCGUAUGAUGAGCCCUGGGGCUGGAUGCAGCCGACUAGGCAUGCGCUUGGGGCGUUGUUACUUGAACAGGGGAGAGUAGAAGAGGCGUUCAUGGUCUACGCUGCGGAUUUAGGCAUGGAACCCACGUUGCCUCGGGCGCUCCGUCAUCCGAUGAAUGUUUGGGCUUCGCAUGGGUAUCAUGAGUGUCUGGUCAAGUUGGGUCGGAAAGCUGAGGCGAGGGCUUUUGCGUCUCAGUUGAAAUAUUGUUUGGCUCGGGCCGAUGUGCCUAUCAAGUCUUCUUGCUUUUGUCGGCUUGAGACUGAUUGA